UCGUUAAUAAGCAUUUUAUUGCACCGUUGUUGUCAACGGCCAGUUGCGUUCGAAGAAGUACCUACGAUCAACCACCAAUAUGGACAUCAACCAGUUAUACGAGGAACUCGCGCCGACCAUGUCCAAGGUGUACAAAGACCUCAUGCCCAGCGUCCAGGAGAUAUGCGAGGCCAAAGGCUGGACCAUGGUGCAGUUGAACGGGCAGCGGAUCUGCUCGCCGCCCCCGUCCAUGGGCUUCGAUCCGCCGCCGAAGGGCUGCGAGGUCUACAUCGGCCGAUUGAGCAAGAACGUGUUCGAGAACGAACUGAUACCGAUGUUCGAGGCGGCCGGACCGCUGUACCAGUUCCGCAUGAUGAUCGACUUCAACGAUCAGGGACGCGGUUUCGCGUUCGCCACCUAUUUCAACUACAAGUCGGCCAAACGGGCGGUCGAACGGUUCAACAACUACAACUUAAGGCCGAACGUCCGCCUCUGCGUGCAACACUCCAUCGACAACUGUAGACUGUACGUGGGCAAUCUGCCGCGUACGGCGAGACGCAGCGACGUCUACGACCUGCUGAACCCGCUGGUGUUGGGCAUCAAGGACAUAAUCAUGUACCCGAAUCCGGAACGCCAGGAAGAGAACAAGGGCUAUUGCUUCGUGGAGUUCGAGAAUCACCGAUUGGCGUUCUUGGCACGCAGAGACUUCGCCCCGAACAACCUGCGGGCGUUCGGCAGGCAGCUGUACAUCGACUGGGCGGAGCCCUUACCCAUUGUCGAUCCCAACGUAAUGGCGGAGGUAAAAGUGUUAUAUCUAAAGGGUUUACCCACAUAUUGCACGGGUAAGGCGUUGAAAUCAGUUAUUCAAAAUAUUCUGGUAGUCGAUGUCAAGGUAAAAAAGCUCGGAAGUUACGCCUUUGUCCAUUUUAAUGAUAGAAGAACUGCCGAAUAUGCCUAUGGCCAAUUACAUGAUUUCACAUGGCAUGGAAAACCGAUAGAAGUUCACUGGUCAAUUCCUCCAAAAUAUGGUAGAAUUAGAAUGCCUAAAAGGAUGACCAAAGGAAAAUCCAAACAGAAAAAGUUGCGCCGACAACGUCAAGAAAAAGAAGAAGAUUACGAGAAUGAAAUCGAAAAGUCAGGAACUGAGAAAAUAAUCGACAUCACGAAUAAUGAUAGUGUAGAAACUUGCAUCUCUGGUUUGGAAAACCUCCACAUGAAUGAAGAAUAAUAGGGGGCUGUCGCAAUAGAAUUUCUAUUUCUUAUAAUUGUAGGCAUAAUAAUUUAGGAAUGCGUUACAUGUGCCAUUUUGUAUUCAUAAUCAUUUUUCGUAAACUGAAAUUGAAAAAUUUGAUGUACACCUUUAAAUUAUUUAAAAAUUAAUCUUUUAACA